CGACUUUACGUCAAAGUAGGCUCGCGAGCCAAGAGCCGAGAGUUCACUAUGUCAGUGGAUAAACAGGAAUAUCACAGGGCUUCCAACGCCGUUGUUUUCGGCGGAAGCAUCACCUUUGUAUCAUUAUUUCUUUUAAUGAUGGCUUUUAUAAGCCCAUAUUGGAUAGAGUCAUACGAGGAGACGUUCAGCAAUUUUAAACACAUGGGACUCUGGGAGUAUUGCUUCGAACAAUUUCGUUAUCCUUACUACCAAUUUGACAAGCAAUUCGACGGAUGUCAUCAUAUCUUUUCACAAGAAUAUUACGUCAUAAGGGAAUGGCUGCUGCCAGGGUGGCUCAUGAUUGUACAAGCAUUUGUUACACUGGCUUUAUUACUUUCUCUCUUUGCUUUCUUUGUGAUAAGCCUGAUCUGGGUACGAUGGCCAUUGAGAUUUGUCCUGCAUUAUGAAUGGAUUCUCUCGUCUGUCGUAUUCAUGUGCGAUGCAGUUGCCAGCGUGCUCCUCUUUUUAGCAGUAUCCAUAUUCGGUGGGCAAUGUUGGCGUCGAGAUUGGUUAAUGUAUCCAAAUUUCAAUCAUUUAUCGUGGUCGUAUGCUUUCGCAGUCAUAUCAUUCAUGUUCCAUGGAUUUGCUGCGUUCUUUUUCUACCUAGAUGCGCAAGCUGGUUAUAAAUUACGUAAAGAAUCUCGCAAUUUGGUAAUGCAGAUGCAUCCAAAUCCUCAAUCUCAUCAUGGACUGCCACCACGGAGUGGAUAUAUAUAAUAUUAAAGCAGAUAUAUAUAUAUAAUAUUUGAUAGAGAGCUUUUGCACAAAAUUUUUAUUGCUGUUAACAAUUGAACAAGAGCACAAGAUGUGUUUCUUAAAAAAACUUUUAUAUAUUUAAGUGUAACUUCAAUCCAGCCAAUUAUAUUUUUACCCAAUAUUUUUAGAUAGACUUUAAAAAUUCGGUAAAAAAUACGUGAUGGGAUUCUCAUUCUUUUCAUACUAAUUGCGUUUUUUCAAACUAAUUCGCUCUUGUGCGAGUAAUAUCCGUCCAUUGUUAUACUCGCAUAUCAGAUAAAUUUUUUUAUC